UCUCUUUGCUCGGUCGGGUAAAGUCAUACUGUUCGGGCGCUGCAGUUAAAAAUACUAGAAAUAUAAUCGAAACACAGGGAUUGAACCUGUUGUUCUUUGUGCUGUGUUGAAAUUAAAAUUGUAAAUAGAAAAAAGAAAAUUAAAUAAUAAUUAACUAAUACGCAUAUGAGUGGUUUGUCGUCAAUUUAAAUGAAAUUUACAAGUGAAUAAAAACCAAUUGGUUAAUAAAAUAGUAAAAACCUCAUAUAAAUGAGUUCAUAAAUAAAUUAUGAAAUUGCAAUUUGCUAUUGAAAACAACAAUAUGCCACAAAAAGCAGAGCGAAGUUCAGAAACAACGUACAAAUGUUGCCGUACAAAGCGUUGGCAAGCAGCAAUAUUGGCUUUUUACACCAUUCUCUUGCACGCGACAAUUGCUGUGAUGGCAAACGCGACGGCGACAAUGACAACGGCGGCGACAACCCAUAAAGUACUACCAAGAAGUUUACAAGUAGCUAAUAACGGUAAUGCUAUUAUACUAUGUAAAGCCACAGAUCUUUCGAAUACUUGGUUCUAUGAUGAAACGGGUGAAAAUGUCACGCAACUAUUAAACGUUAAGGAUGAGGUACUGAAGCCAUUUCGGGUGCUAUUUUUAAGAGGAAUCACAAUAAACUCAACAUAUCUUUGCAAAGAAGGGGACCGGAUAUUGAGCAGAACAAGAAUUAAGAUAGCCGACCCGAGAUUAACAACACCGAGAAGAGUGGAAAUUGCGGGCGGUGAUGAUGCUGCAUUAGUUUUUCUACAUUCGGGAGCCAAAAAUAUAACCUUCAGACAAACUCCAUUUUCUAAAGUCAAUUUCAAAGCCGAUAACAUCACUAUUAUCAGACCCGAUAACGGAACAGCGAUUAUGGUGAUAAGGAAUGCGAUCGAGGGAAAAUCGAGUUUGAUCUUUAAACACGAUCAUAACAUGUUAACCGAUGAAACUUAUUUCUUCGUGGGUCAUGAGCCAGAUCCUGUGGAAGAGUUUGAUUGCGAAAGCCAGAACUACGAUUAUAUGACAUGUAAAUUUUCCAUUCCGCCGAACAGUUUACGAGUGGAAUAUACAAGUGAAUACUAUAUAGAUAAGUCUGAGUUUAAGAUGGAUUUUGCAAAAAAGUGCCAAUUUGAAUACAAUGAUUCAACGGCGUGGAUAACAUUAACUCCGUCAAACAAUUACAUAUGCACUUAUAUACCUAACGCAACAAUAUAUAAUUUCUUUUUAACUGGAACGAAUUCUUUGGGUAGUUUUAGGAAGAAAUUUAUGAUUAACAAUCAUGAACAUGUUGUACCAGCAAAAUUGAAUAUCAACAUAUCUGAUAAAACCGAUCAUAGCGCAAAAUUAACUUUGGAUGGCACUAACAAAGAAUUCUACAGGGGCGUUAAUUAUACAAUCAAUGUUAGACCCAAAGGUUGGAAAAAUUUUACAAUAUUCGCGUAUAGUGAAAAAUUAAAAUAUGAAUAUAUAUUUGAGAAUUUAACCUUUGCCAAUUGGAUUUAUUAUGUGGAAGUAAGUGCACGUGUAAAAAAUUUUUAUAAAACUAAGUGGAACGACCCCGCUACGGUGAGCUUUGUAACCGAACCGCGUCGACCUGAUCGUGCGCCAAGAACUUUUCCUGGUGGUUUUUAUAAGCCCAAUGAUAAUAACAAUAAUAACAUGACCACACUCUAUUGGGAAGAAUUGGCGCGAAAUGAGACGAAUGGAGAAAAUUUCGCUUACAUCGUUCGCGAUUUAUCUACGAGUUCAAACGAUUGGAAAACCACAAAUUCAUCAUUUCACCUUCAUUUGUCUGACGAAGCUAAAAUCUUCAAUAUUUACGCAGAAAAUGACGUCGGUAGGUCGGAAACUGGAAACACAAUUCAAGUAAAGCACAACGAAAUUAAACCACAGUAUAUUGAGAAGUUAGCAGUGAAAGGAGGUUUCAAAAUACUCUGGAAGUUUCCAAAUGAUAUGCCGAAACCAAGCAAUUAUACCAUAUUUUGGUGCAAACCUCGCUUUGCCAGCAAAACCGAGUGUAAAGGCGCAAUGAGCUUCAAAGUAGUUGACAACAAGCAAGCCGACGAUUUUAUAGGCACAAAUGAGCCGCUUAUAAUGGCAGUGGCGGCGAAUUAUCCUAGCAAUAGCACGGGUCUUCUGUGGACAACUUGCUCAGCGAAUUUAGCUGAGAAUUUGGACCAUGAAAUCGUUCUCGAAGUUAAAUCUCAAACGGCGAAAGAAAUCGACUUGAAGUGGAAUGAUAAAUAUUGUGUAAAUGCCUUCAAUAAAUACAACAUUACAUAUUGCGAAGUGAGGGAUAAAGCGAAUUUGAAUUGUCAACACAUAAUCCGUGAAAGCAAAGAAGAGAAAAAAUUGACUUUAAAAUAUUUGAAACCCUACACAAACUAUAACAUUUCCAUACAGGCUUUCGCCGAAGGAGGUAAAAAGAGUCCGGAAAAGUUAAUUACUUGCCAAACAAAUGAAGCAGCACCCGAACCACCAGGGAAUGUUGAUUACGUCAGAGGUUCGAUAACUAGUACCUCGGUAAAUAUAAGCUGGGAAGCGCCGUUGGUCACAAAUGGUGUUCUUCAAAAAUAUACAAUAAAAUAUAAAAUGGUGAAUGAGGCAAACGAAAGAGAAAAAACAAUAUUAGCAGGCGCUGCUUUGUCUGGCGAAAUAGAAGAGCUCAAUAGCGAUUCCACCUAUGAAAUAUAUGUGAUUGCGUGGACAACGAAAAGCUCAAAAGCUAGUAAAUCCAUUAGGAUCACUACUUUGGUUGGCAUACCAUCCCCUCCCGCCAACUUCAAGCUGAAAGAGGACGGCGAUGGUUACAUAAUAAACUGGACAUUGCCUGCAACGCGAGCCGGUCGUGUAGACCUCUAUGAGUUGAUAUUCAUUCAAAACGAAAAGAAAAAAAUACUUACUGUUAAACGCACUUCUGACAGUCCCCAAACAUGUCGUUUGAAAUUUCCCUACUGCACAGAGGGUACACAAACUAUGGAAGUGCGGGCUAUAAAUUUAGUAACAAAAGCUCAUUUGGAUACGAAGAGAUUUCGCAUCGCCAAAACAGGAGAGGUAGAAAACUUGCAACGAGAACGUCGUCACAGCGAUCCGUCAUACCCUACUAGUCUAGUAUAUACACAAGCAACAACAAGUAGUAAUGAAAAAGGAAACCCGAAUGAUACCACGCCAAAGGAAAGUACAACACCGCCAUCUCAUAUGCAAAAGCAACUCAUUGAAGUUUAUCCAUAUAAGGCUUAUAAGGAUUUCGAAUGCGUGUUUUCACCUGAUCCUAGUAAGCAUGUACCAGAUGACGACAUAUAUAAAGACUAUUAUAUGCUCUCAUCGGAGCCUAAACAAAAUACAACUCAAUACCUUUGCCCUCACCUUCCAUGGGAAUACAUGUUGGCCAUAGGCAUAUUUUUCACGAUGGCCAUUAUCUCAUUAAUUUGGGGUUAUAGAAAAAUUCACGAAAAACGGAAUAUUAACGUUAUACUACCGGACUCCAUUUUGCAACUAAUGAGUAUGAGUAUAAAACUACCGACCGAUAUUGAGAUUGGUAAGGCGGAUAAUAUUUCUAUUGUCUCGAUAAAAACCAAUGAUAGCAAGUCGUUGAUCAAUAAAGAUUGUAAUCAUAUCAACCGGCAGUCGUCGGCUAGUAGUAGUGGUGAAAGUGGUGUUGGUGGUAUUGGCGGUGAUGAUAGUGUUAGUCCUAGCACAAGCAGUGAGGAUGUUAAUGGUGAACUCACCCGUGAUUGGUCACAAGAUGAGCCGGCAUCACCACAAACCACAACAACUUUGAAUAGUCUCAGUCACUCAUUGCCGGAUCAUCAACGUAGUACGCCAGCGUUGCAGUGUAGAAAUCAAGGAAUUACAAUAAAUGAUGAUUAUCUACUUGUCGAGCAAAUAACCAAUAAUAAGUUAUUACCCAUUAUGGAUGAUAAGAGCAUAUCCAGUGGCUCUUCAUAUAUUAAGUCGGGCUCGAGUUCGGCAUCGGAGUGUGGUACUGGUAAUGUUAUAAAUGCUGGAAAUUAUAUUGCUGUUGGUGAUAUAGUUGGUACGGCAAAAGACAAUGCAAAUACUGCUAUUCUUAAAAAUCAUUCGAAACCCGUCUUCAUACAAGCCAAAUCAUCGCCAACGCAUCCAAAUAUAAUUAAAAAUGUGCCAAUUACGACGGGCGAUUAUGUGCUGCCAGACUCGUUGGUGAGGCUAUCAGCGUCAAAUUAUGCUCACAUGGAGCCUGCACGACCCAAUCUACUCAAAACGGGCGAUUAUGUGCUACCAGAUGCUUUAUCUAGGAUUACAUCCUCCCAUAAAUCUAUGAUGAAUGAAGUUAAUAAAAAGCCGAUAAAGACAUUCCAAACACAAUUUUUCCCCACCGGAACUUCUGGCGCUGCACAACCGAAUAUCAGUAAAAAUCCCACGAUCGCAACGGGCGAUUAUGUUUCGCCAGAAUCGCUGCCUAAGAUAGCAGCAACAUUUUCUCAAAGGGAAGAAAAUCAGAACUCUAAAAAGAACUUUCAAAAACAAGCUUUAAAUGACAAAACUGCGCUCAUACAACCAAACCAUUUUCGAAAUGUAACCCUUGCCACGGGAGGCUAUGUGACGCCCGAUGCGCUGCCGAAGAUCGCAGCUUCAUUUUCUCUGAAAGCAGAAAAUGAGAAAUCUCAAAAUCUGUUGGAAAAGCCAAAUCUAAAUGACGCAACAAGUCUUUGUAAAAAUUUAACUUUCACAACGGGUGGCUAUGUAACGCCCGACGCGCUGCCGAAGAUUGCGCAAGCACAUGCAGCAGUAGCUGCAACAGACCAUGAGGACUCUAAAAAGCCAUUACAACAACAAACGAAAUCACCCAUAGUUUCAUAUGGUUAUGUUACACCUGACUUUUGGGCACAACAACAAAGCGCAAUGAAGUGAAAUGAGACACUGUAGAUAAGAAAAUUUAGCCAAAAAGUUAGAAAUCAAGCCAAGCUUGUUUAGUGAUUGCAUGAAAUGUGGCGAAUGUGCUGUGUAGGAUUUG